UGAUUGACAGUGUAUAUUUGCCUUCGAACCGCGUACGACGUGCACACACACCGGGUCGAAGUUAACGGAAACGUCGGACUGGUCUCGCGCGCAAAAAAAAGCCAGCCAGCCAACCAGCAUCACAAAUAUAUUUUUUGUUGCUGCACUUACUGUUGUUGGUCGUGCUGUGUGUUUGCAGCGCUGCCCCCGCAACCAGUGUGACCAACGCUGUCCCGUGUGUCGUUACCGUGUACUGUUGUUCGUGUUGUUCGGUGCAACAAUAAAAAAAAAAGAAAUAUUCAGAUUCGCGCGCGCGUCCUCCCUUCGAACGUUCUUUUUUUUUGGGACCGUGUUUGCCGUCGCCGCGCGCGUACACACACUUAAAGGUUUUUUGGCACUUUUGGGCCCCCUCGGAGUAAAAACGGUCAAUUUUGCGCCAAACGCGCCACCAGGCCAGCCAGCGAUCCAGCCAGCCAGUCAGCCUGCCAGCCAGCGGGGCCCGUUUUUCUCGCACCGAACUACACCCGAACGCCCGCACGACGGGAGCAAGAGAAAGAGAGCGUGUGCGUGUGUGAGCGUGUGUAUGUGGCCGACACUGACCGGGAAAAUAUAUUGCCAACCGAGGCUAUGGAAAUUAAUAUCCUCUAAUCGGGCGACACAUAAAAACAAAAACCCAUCUCGCGCGAAGAGCAACAGCAGCAGCAGCAUCAGCAGCAUCAACAGCGGCCUGUGCCACCCGCAAAACAAUAAUAGUAACAACGGAGUGGAGUGUGGUGCCCUUUUUUGGCUUGUAAAACCGAUUUUCGGCCGGCUGCAGUUUUCCAGACGUAUCGAUACGGGCGCGCGCGUGUUCUGUUGCCGAUCGCGCGGGGCCUUAUUAAUUUUUGCCGCGGUUUUCAGCCAAGCGGCUUUUUGUUUCUUCUCCCGUUUUGAUUUGUUCAACUUUUUCGGUUCCGUCUUCCUAACGCGCAUUCCUUCCCUUUUCGGCCUUCGGUGUUAAUUUAUCAUCAUUUAUCAGUUUUAAAUUCUUCAUCAAAAUUAAAUUGAAAUCGUUACCGGCGCCCACGUAUGUGUAACUUACACGCAGCAGCAGCAGCAGCAACCACAACAAGAAACGAAACAAAUUUCGCAUGCGACAGUGUGCGCGACGACCUAAAAGAGUGUGCUCUCUAAGUGUUUGUUUUGUCUUUCUCUAUUGUUCCUUUAGUUUCCGUUGCGUUCCCGAAAAGUCAGAGUAGCCCAUCGUGGUAGUGUGUGCAAAACAACGGAGCACAAACACGCAAAACAGUGCGCGCGCGGAACAAAACAAAACCAAAAAACAACGAAAAAAGUGUCCGUUUUUUGUGCGUGUGCGCGUGUGUGUGUGCGUAAAUAAUUCACGUUGACAUUAACAACCGGCGGCUGUUCCGGCGGUUGUUCCGGCGGUUACAGUUUCUGCAAAGGCUUCGGAAUCGACGCGGACGGUCCCCGGGCGGGCGGGUUUGGAUCCCCGACGGGAAAGUAAAACACACGCCGCCAGUACGCCGCGCAAGCAAAGGAUGUGAUCGUUUUCCGGCGAGGCGGAGCCGCAUUCUCAACCCACUGACGGACGGGAGUGUACAUGUAUCACACGUUUCCUAACAACCCAGUAUACGGCAUUUUUGCAACCACCAAACCACCAAAAACAAAAUAUACGAGAGAGAAAAUAAUAAUCAGAAUAUCUGACUCCUCCUCGCCCCCCCCCUAAAAACGGCUCCCAAUACUUGCGGAACAACGCUUUAAUGUACGAAUCGCUGUCUGGAGCAAGUCCGUUGAAUGCAAGAGCAAAAACCUACCUACUUUUAUCAGCUCAUUGCAACUGCAAGCGAACAACUUCUAUUGCUAAUUAACUACUACUACAACAACAACAACAACUACUACUACUACAACUAGCCUACUAAUACCGCUACUACUACGGCGUGAUACGAAGAGCGGCAGAAGUGCGGCAGAAUACAGCAGGUAUACGAAAUUGUAACAUUGAAGCAGGCCACGAGCGUCUUGAAACGCAACACCCAAGGUAUACACAAACCAACGCAAAACACAACGUGCCGGAACGAGCAAAGGGGGGAAAACAAAGCGUAGCUUUAUUUUUUAGCAACAAAAGUUUUACCAAAAAACAACCAAGCAUCCAACAUACGACAGCGCACACGAUCAUCGGUGAACCAGAGUGAAAUUCAAACAAACGAAAGAUUCUUACAAACUCACAUCCACCAUUUUGGCUAGCCGGUAGAGAGCGUUCUAUCCUGCGCGCUGCCUAAUGAUCUCCUGGAGAGUGUAGCCCGUGAUCGAGCCGUGGGUAAAAGCAGCAGCAGCAGCAGCAGUUAAAAGGAAAGCGACCCCGCAAGACCAGCCGGCGCGCGGUGUCUGUUGUGGAGCAAGUAUACGAAACUGAUGAUAGAUUUAGAAGUGAAGAUUGCCUAAGCAAAGUACCUUGUUCUGGUUCUGGAGAGAGUGGCAAACAAAAACAGCACAAGAACAAAACGACGACGCAGAUACACCACCC